UGCCUCUUCCCCUCGACGGCCUCCCGCCACCGACACUUACCACCCCCCUCCGUCGGCUCGGCACACGUGCACUUGCUGUUGCCACUUCUCUUUCACAGAUUGAUCUCCUCCUCUUCAACCACCGCGAGAUCUCCAGCUACCGCGCCCGCAUUUCACAGAUCCAGAUCGACCCCACGUCCGAGAUCCAGCUUUCUAGCCAGCCUCCGACCGAGCAGCGCGGAGCUCGGGGGAGGAUGAGGCGGAAGACGCGGAACAAGAUCAUCCUGUGGACGCUGAUGCUGGCGGCGGCGGCGGUAAUGAUGGGCGGCACGGUGGCGUUGGUGCUGACGGCGGGGACGUGGAAGGCGAAGGUGAAGGAGUCGCACGAGAAGGUGUGCAACAAGGGGUGGGAAUGCUCGGGGAGCAAGUACUGCUGCAACGACACCAUCACCGACUUCUUCAAGGUCUACCAGUUCGAGAACCUCUUCUCCAAGCGCAACACCCCCGUCUCCAAGGCCGUCGGCUUCUGGGACUACCAGUCCUUCAUCACAGCCGCGGCGCUCUUCGAGUCGCUCGGCUUCUGCACCACCGGCGGCAAGGAGAUGCAGAUGAUGGAGCUCUGCGCCUUCCUCGGCCACGUCGGCGCCAAGACCUCAUGUGGGUUCGGCGUGGCGACCGGCGGGCCGGUGGCGUGGGGGCUCUGCUACAGCCACGAGAUGAGCCCCAGCCAGAUCUACUGCGACAAGUACAACACCCAGUACCCCUGCAGCGAGGGCGUCGAGUACUACGGCCGCGGCGCACUCCCCGUCUACUGGAACUACAACUAUGGCGCGGCCGGCGACGGGAUCAAGCAGGACCUGCUCCACCACCCGGAGUACCUGGAGCAGAACGCGACGCUGGCGUUCGAGGCGGCCAUGUGGCGGUGGAUGACGCCGAUGAAGAAGAAGCAGCCGUCGGCGCACGACGUGUUCGUCGGCAACUGGAAGCCCACAAAGAACGACACGCUCAGCAAGCGCUUCCCGGGCUUCGGCGCCACCAUGAACGUGCUCUACGGCGACCAGAUCUGCGGCAACGGGUUCGUCGACUCCAUGAACGUCAUCAUCUCGCACUACCAGUACUACCUCGACCUCAUGGGGGUCGGCCGCGAGCACUCCGGUGACAACCGCGAUUGUGCCGAACAGGCCGCAUUCAACCCCUCCAGCAAGACGGACGACCAGCAGCAGCAGUCAGGCUAGGCUUAAACGGAUCAUUGCUGCAUGCUAGACGAUUUCCUGGGCCGUUUGGCUCUCUUCGUCCGGCUCGGUCACGCGCUCACCGCCUGGACUCCUGGUGCACGACGCCACGCACGCGUCCGGCUGCCGUGCGUCCUGCCUCUGGCUGACGCCCGCCCAGCCUCCUUGUCUAGCUAGGAUUCGGUCCCACAUAGCUCGCCUACGGGACUAUAUAUUGUAAUCCUAAUGACACGAAUCGAUACAACAAUUAUUCGCGUGCUAAUCUGGCUUGCAUGGUAUCAUAAGGUGU